AUGACACGAACAAAAAAACCCAAAAGACACCGUUUAACAGAAUUUAUUGAAGUUUUGAAAGAAAAGUCUAAUGAAUAUAAUCGUUUUGCAAUUUGUAUUGCAUGUAAAGAAGCUGAAGGCCACGAAUAUGCAUAUUCAAAAAAAUUUGUUAACACAAAAAAGCUUGUUAAAUCACAUCUAAAAAACUGCACACAUUUCAAAAAUAAAAAAGGGGAAGAUGAGGCUACAAGAAUACUAAAUGAUACGGACAAUGAAAAGUCUAUAAGUAUUCAAAAAAAGCACAAGCAUACAUCCGGUAAUGAAUCUGAAGAUGAUUCUGACAAUGAUGAACAAGAAUUCAGCGGACCUUUAGAUUGUCAUGUAGUAUUGGCAAUUAGCCAAUUACGUGGAAUACUUACUCAAAAUCGCCGGAUUCAAGAAUUGGAUGAACUCAAAAGACUUUAUGAAUCAACCUCAACAACUGCUUUAUUAGACUAUUCUGAAGACAUGUCUGAUACUUCUUCAACUGAUGAAGAAGAUAGCUGCUUGGAAAUCGAAGAUGUUAAUGAAGAUAAUGAAGAUAUUGCAUUAUUAUGGUUAUCAGACUUAAAUAAAGACGAAUAUGAUAAUUUAUUGGACUUAGAAUCGACAAACAUAAAUGAAUUAUUAGAUAAAGAACAUCCA